AUGGUCCAACUCAUACAAACAACCUUUACCUUCCUCGCCCUUGUCCUCACCCUCUCCACCGCAGCCCCUCUUGAUUUCACCGCCGCCUCCACCUCCGUCCUUUCCCACUCUAACAUCCUCACCCUUAAGAGCUUCUCCGGCACCGGCCAGAUCCGUACCCUCUGGGACGGAAGCAGCCACGACGACCUCGGCUGCCUCACGGCUUCCGGGCGCUGGACAACCGACGAGAACCUCUGCGGCACCUUCAUCGCCGUGCGCAAGGAUGGAGACUCGAUAGGAGCCACGCAGUUCACUCUGACUAGCAAAGAGGCCGGGCCGUGCGAGAUGUCGGGAACUACGUUUGUUUGUGAGAAGGGGCUGGACGGGUAUAGUUUUGGGUCACUUGCCUUCCUGCCUUGCGAUGUCUGA